UUUAAUUUCUCAUAUAUUAAUUUGAGGCAGGAAUAGGAUAUACCUCAAUGCAGUAGCAGAUUGGCAUAGCUAAAAUUCAAUAAAGUGGAGCUUUGCAUAUAUGGCAUCAUCAAGAUAGAUACUACAGGUAUUUCAAUUAGGGUUUUUCACAGGUAAACUGAUCGAUCGAUCGCUACAAAAACAAAUUAAAUUUGAAAAGGAUCCGAUCUGGAGAGAGAAUGGAAGGGCUAACCAGUGAUCAUCCAGCAGCAUCAGCCAUGGAAAUGAAUAUGAUCAUGUUCAAUCAGCAGCAGCAGCAGCAGGAUCCAAUAAAUAUGUCCUCCAAAAAUGAUCAUCAUCAGCAACACAAAAUCAAGAAAGCAUUAAUGGUGGAGGCUGAGUCUCAGGCAAUAAUUAGGUACAAAGAAUGCCUGAAGAACCAUGCUGCAGCCAUGGGAGUGACCGCCACAGAUGGCUGCGGCGAGUUCAUGCCGAGCGGCCGAGACGACACCCCAGAAGCCCUCAUCUGCUCCGCCUGCGCCUGUCACCGCAACUUUCACCGGCAGCAAGAAGAGAUACUAACACAGCAACAGCAGCAGCAGACCGCUUUUUGUCCAAGAAUUGUUGUUGAUCAGAUCAGAAUUAAUAAUGGUGUAGGGAACAAGAAGGGAUUAUUAAUGUCGCCGGAUGAUCGUCGCAACAAGAGGUUUCGAACGAAGUUCAGCAAGGAGCAGAAGGAGAGGAUGGUGGGAUUUGCAGAGAGGAUUGGGUGGAGAAUGCAGAAGCAAGAUGAGGGUUUGGUGCAGCAAUUCUGUCAGGAGAUUGGGGUCAGAAUUAGGGUUUUCAAGGUCUGGAUGCACAACAACAAGAAAAUUAAUCUUCAUAAUAAUAAUAAUACUCAUAAUCAUGUUAAUGGCAAUGGCAAUGGGAAGACAGUAGUCGUCAACCACGACUGUCGACUUGAUCAUCGCUUCAAUUCAUGCCAUGGAAGUGAUGACGAUGAUUUGAUGAUUAAUUAGGGAUAUUAAUUAAUUAUUCCAUGCUUGAGCUACCUAGCUAAGCUAAGUUCAGUUCUGUAUGUCCUUUUAAUUUGGGAUUAUCUUAUAUAUAUA